UAGGUGCGUGGGGCAUUCAACGGCAGCAGCAGCAGCACGGAGCCAUGGCGACGGAGAUAUUUAUUUUUGUAAUUAACUCACGUUAAAUAGUUUUAAGCUACAGACGCAGCGGCUUAUGUCAGCCUGUCACCCAUCAAAAGCGACUCCUGAGAUUGAACAUGUUGGACCAAAUGGACUGGGAUUUAUUAGAUAAUGGUCUUGAAGGAUCAAUGGAGGACCCCCCUCCCCUUUCUGACAUUCCUCAGGUGCAGCCCUCCACCACCGACAUCUCAGAACAUGAAUUCUCCUGCCACUGCUGCUACGACAUCUUAGUGAACCCCACUACCCUGACCUGUGGCCACAACUUCUGCCGCCACUGUCUGGCUCUGUGGUGGGAGUCUUCUCACAAGAACGAAUGUCCAGAAUGCCGAGAGAAGUGGGAAGGCUUUCCUAAAGUCAACAUACUGCUGAGGGAUGCCACUGACAAGCUGUUCAGUGAAGUUGUUCAGAGGAGGAGAGCAGAAAUCACGACUAACCCCAAAAUCACCCGCAGCUUGCUGGCCUUCCAAAGGCACGGUGACAACUUGAGCAGAACAAAGACUAACCAGCACAAAGGAGCGGGAUUCUUCUUCUCUGGAGUCAUAACUGCUCUCUUAAGCGUGGCCUGUGUUGUGCUGGUGUAUCACUGGAGCAGCGGUGUGGUGGAGCAGCAUGACCCUUUGAUUAGUAAACCUGUGUCUCGCUGGACGCCUGAGGAAGUGGUCUCCUGGCUGGGACACUUGGGGCCCUGGGCCCAGCUGUACAGAGAACCAUUUCAGCAUGAGAACGUCAAUGGGAGGCUGCUGUUGAUGCUGGGUGAUGAAGAGUUGUUAAAACCACCAUACAACAUUGAAAAUCCGACUCACCGACGAGCUGUUCUUGCUGAACUGGACAGAGUGAAAACCCUGGGAGUUAAACCUCCACAGAAUCUCUGGGAAUACAAGGCUGCUAAUGCAGGGAAGUCUCUGUUCUUGCUGUACGCACUGAAGCGCUCCCCUCGCCUCACAAUCUUCUACUUGUAUUUAUUCGACUACUCGGAAACCUUCCUGCCCUUCCUGCACACCUGCUGUCCAGCCAUCACACACAUCGAGCAGUCAGUGGAGAGCAGCUUCCUCAACUCACAGUUGGAUCCCAAUAGCCGACAGUGGGCAGUGUUCCUUGUGAAGUACCUCCUGUUUCCAUACCAGCUGAUAGCAGAGUUUGCGUGGGACUGGCUGGCCAUCCACUACUGCACUUCUCGCUUCAUUAUUGUUAACACCAUGCUGCUGUCUGUGCUGGAAGGCUGCGCCCUGUGGAGACUCUGGACCAGAGCUGCUAUCAGGACUCUGCCACACAAGAUGUGGAACCACUUGUGGAAGAUGUUAUCUCAGGGGUUCGUCUUCGCCUUCCUGUGGCCCUUCAUCCCUCAGUUUGUAUGCAACUGCCUCUUCUACUGGGCUCUCUACUUCAGCCCUAUCAUCAACAUAGACCUGGUGGUGCAGCAGCUAAUGCACCCAGAGACACAAGCACUGUAAAACACUGCCGGUAAGCAGUGUAAACAUCAUGCUGCACGAUUCGCAGUAAAUAAGAUGGCCAGAGAAUCCUGUUGUUGACGAGGAUGAGUGUUUAUUUUUUGGCAGUAGCCUCACAUGAGACUGGCUUAUUUGCUGCUGGGAAGGAAGAUCUCUCACUUCCUGUCUUGUGUCUCGCUGCUGGACACUUGCCAGCAAGAGAGGCAUUGAACUAUUUGUGAGAGAAACUAAGCCAACAAGAUGAAGAAAAGUGA